AUGAAGAUUUUUUCCAAGGUGUUUAUACUAUUGAUGUGGUUCUGGCAGAUGGUGGGUGUUAUGGGGAAAAGGUCGCUUUCGGCCACUUCGUUGGUGACAUGUAUGGAUAACUCGCAGAUUUCGCCAACGUACUUCAAUGUGACGUUCGAUCCAGACGACAGGUCGUUGAAAUAUAGUAUUGAUUUAACAACGGAAAUCAAUGCGAAAGUGGAUGCUUUCGUCCAGGUUUAUGCGUACGGGUUUUUAAUUAUCGAGCAGAACAUAAAUUUGUGUUCAUUGGGGUGGAAACAAUUUUGUCCUAUUUACCCUGGAUCUAUGCAAGUUGAAAGUAUCGAGUACAUUAGCGAGGAAUAUGUAAAAGAGAUCCCGGGUAUAGCGUACACGGUUCCAGAUAUCGAUGCAGUGGUGAAGGUUAUCGUGAAGGACCAGGAUGGCGGAAAGCAAUUAUCAUGUAUGCAAGCUAGUUUCACCAAUGGGAAGACUAUCGAACAAACGGGUGCCAAAUGGGCUACUGCUGUUGUUGCGGGGUUGGGAUUGUUGAUCGCGGCCGUAUUGUCGACUUUUGGUAAUUCUACGGCAGCCACUCAUAUAUCUGCGAACUCGGUUUCUUUGUUCUUGUACUUUCAAUCUGUUGUUGUUGUCUCCAUGCAAAAUGUUGAAAGAGUUCCUCCAAUUGCGUCGGCUUGGGCAGAAAACCUUGCUUGGUCUAUGGGAUUAAUUAGAAUCCAAUUCAUGCAAGACAUUUUCAGAUGGUAUGUUCAAAGUACUGGUGGUUCACCAACUUUAUACUUUAAAGGUACAACAUCACAAAUAUUGGUACAAAGAGCUUUGAACCAUUUAAGGGAUCUCCAUGAAAUUGCCAGUAACAAUGGGAUAGUUAACUACGCGAAAAGAGCUUUGGAUUUUUCACUUCAAUCAAAUUCCAAUUUGAUUGUGUUGAGAGGUAUUAAGAGAAUAGGUUAUAACUCGCAUAUUGAACCCACUUCAAUUGUGGCUACAGGAUUUACAUUCUUUGUUUUCUUUGGCUACCUCUUGGUCGUGAUUCUUAUCUUCAUUAAACAAAUUCUCGAUUUGUUAAUUAGGUUUAAGAAAAUUAAUCCAAAUAGAUUGAGCCAUUUCAGAUCGUCUUUCAGCCUCAUCUUGAAAGGUUCCUUAUUAAGAUACCUCUAUAUUGGAUUUACUCAAUUAGUUAUUUUAUCAUUAUGGGAAUUCACGCAGAAUGAUUCUCCGGCACUUAUUGUUUUGGCCGUACUACUGUUAAUCUUGGUUCUUGGUGUUAUAGGAUAUUCUUAUUGGAAAGUUGUGAGGUUAGGCAGGAAGUCUGUUAAAGAAUAUAAUAACCCCGCAGCUGUAUUAUAUGGGGACUCAAAAGUGUUGAAUAAAUAUGGAUUCUGCUAUACUAUGUUCCAGGCAGAAAAAUACUGGUUUGGUAUUGUUUUAAUUGGGUAUAAUUUGUUGAAAGGUAUAUUCAUUGGUUUGUGUCAAUAUUCUGGUAAAGCAUCAGCCUUGGCAAUUUUUAUUUUUGACUUGGUUUAUACCAUUUACUUGAUUAUACAGGCACCAUACUUGAACAAACCUACAAACAUUCUCAAUUAUCUUAUGUCGGUUGUGACGACAAUCAAUUCGUUCUUGUUCUUGUUUUUCUCAGACUUGUUUGGUCAACCCGCACCAGUGGCAUCAAUCAUGGGUUGGGUAUUCUUUAUCUUGAAUGCAGCUUUCUCAUUUUGCCUAUUAAUUAUGAUUAUUGCUUUCAUUGCUUUUAUUUUAAUCUCAAAGAAUCCUGACGCAAGGUUUGCUCCGGCUAAAGAUGACAGAACAUCAUUCCAAAGAAUGAGUUCUGUGAAACACAGAUCUUAUAAUAAUAAGCAAGAUAAUCAAGGUGCUAAUGAAUUAUUGGCAUUAGGAUUGGCAGCACAAGAUCAUUCAAAUAAUUGGGAGUCAGAAAUGUAUAAAUUGAACAAUAUUUCAUCAUCAUCCAAUGACCAGAAAAAUCAUUUAACACCAUCACUUGAGCAAGAAAAGUUCGAAGCAAAUGAAGUAAAUUAUAGUGAAAACUCCGAUGAAAUUGACAAUAAACCUCUGACUUUAGGUUCGAAGUUGAAAGGUAAGUUAUCUAGGGGCUUGUCAUUCAAAGGUAAUAAGGGUGAAAAUAAAGGUACGACUGACAGAAAGAAUACUAAAAAUGGUAAGAUCACCAGAAUCAGUGACACUUUAUUAGAUGAUAAUCAAGAGAAUUAUGCAGAUGAAGAAAAGGAUGUCAUAAACACUAAGCCACUUUCAUUCCCAAAGGAUAAUUCCACUACCCCAAUUAAUCAACAUCAUAGACAUGAUUCGAAUAUUUCAGCCGGGGGAUUCUCAUCAUAUUCGAAUAAUCAACCAACGAAUGCUAAGGAUAUUCUUUAA